UUGUUUUUGAUGCAGACUCGAGCAUGGCCGUGGAGCUCUGGAACAGAGUCAACGUCCCUUUUCCCAGCGCCGUGUCCGCUGUCCGUGUGCCCUUCACCGCACAGACAGCUGCAGACGUUGAAACGCUGCUGACGGAGAGCGAAAAUGUGCUGAAGCUGGUCCGCAGUGAGAUCCUUCAGACGGAGGUCAGGCUGCUGUACGAGCUGCUGUACGUCCUGAACAACAGCUACCAGGGCAACAAGACGUUCAAGGCACUGAAGCAGGUGGAGCAGUGUGUGAACAGGCUGAAGAACAUGAAGCUCGAUGCUGCUCUUCAGGAACUGUCAGAUCUGUGUCCGAACAGGAUCCAGAGGCAGCUGAGCAUCAAGGACGGUCAGUGUUUUGUUCCCAGUCAGCCCACGCUGGAGUGGAUCUGUCUCAAAGUGCUGGGGGCCGCUCGGCUGAUGAGCUGCACGCUGAGUCGCUGCAGCAGAGCUUUCACACUCUCAAAGCAGCAGAUGAAGUGGGAGGAGUUUGUCAUCCUGAACAUGGUGAUAACCAGCAUGAUCAGCCGCCUGUGGGUGAUUUUCCGUGGCGUGCUGCUCGCCCUGUCCGGCCUCUACCGGCAGCUCCUGGAGCUUCUCAGAGACGUAGCCCGGGUCCAGCCCAUGCCCUUCCUCACAGACUUCUCCCUGCCAGCUGAUCUGGCUCAGUUCCUCGGUCCCUCUGAUGUUUUGUUAUUGACCAAGCAUGCGGCGCACAGCAGAGCGCGGCAGGAAAAGAAGCAGCCGGCGAAGAAACUUCCAGCUGAAGCCAAGAAGACCUGCAUGCAGAAAAGAAAGCUCAAAGAAGACCUCGGCGUUGCAGUUAAAAGAGGCGUCGGCCUCGGAGCAGACAGGAAGUCUUUUUUCAAGCUCUGCAGGACUUUCACAGAGGGCAAGUCGACGCCCAAACAAACGUGCAGAGCUGACAGGAGACACGAGUUCCAGAAACAGGUGAGAGAAGCUGCUUCUUUCUCACACAUGGAGAUCCGUGUGGACGAGAUGAUUCGCUGGUGCAAAUCCCAGAGGAUGGGAAAGGAAAAACGCCUUUUAACCUUCCUGCAUUUAAAGUGCCGGCAGAUGAAAUACCUGGAGGCAGCGGGCUACAACGUCCAGAGGAAGCUGCAAACCUUCAAAAAGGAAGCUUGCUGGGCUUCAUCUCCAGAAGGAUCAGCGCCAAAGACCUUACGUUCGCUCGCCUCGAGGAGGAGAAGUGUCCACGGGAGAAUUCGUUUUCAUUCUCUCAGAAGGCGGUUUAUGAUGAGAGGCGGCGUAAAAAGGAAAGAGCAGGCGGGACGACAGACACGAGCUCGACUUGGCGGGGACGACCAGAGAAGCAGGACCGCACGAGAGGCGACGCGUCGGAGCACAGACUCUGACACUCACGAUGACAUCGAUGACAUUUUUGCCUCUGCAGGUCUGUGAAGCCUGAAAGCACCGAUUUAACGUCACAGACAGACGAACAGUCUGAGCAGUCGGCGUUUUUAAUCACUGUGCUCGCCAUGUUUAAUGUUUUUCUCAAUAAGCUAUAAAGCAUGGGAACAACUGAAACCCCCCAGACUAAAAGAUUCUGUUUUUAAUUUGGGUAUGCAUGGAACACACACUCACCAGCCACUUCAUUAGGUACGCCUGUUCCAGCUGCUUGCAUACACACGUGUGUAACCGCUGGUUAGCAUCAAGAUAUGCAAUAAAGCAUCUGUGGAUGCACAACACGUCAACGGUUAAAGAUCACAGCGAGUGUCGCUGCUGUGGUCCACCCGGGCUGGUUUCCUGAACAUGCCUGAAGGAUGUUAGCUGCAGUCUCAGAGCAGAGCCACGAUGAAUUAACCCAACCCAGUAUUAGACACCUGAUACAGUGAGUGUAUGAAAUCAAAUGUAAUAGAAAAUAAAUUAACUGAUGGAGCUGAAAUAUGACUGUGUGAGUAGAAUACUUAUUUAAUGAGCAUGCAGACUGAAGCCUGUGCUUUUGGUUUGAAGCACACUUCAGCUCCUGUCAGUCUUUACUGAAGCAUGCAUGCAGUGACAGCAUGUUUAUGUGCUUCUUCUGUCUGAAGUUUUUUCUUCUGCAAAGGAAAUGAAAAUCCGUUUGUGCAGCUGUGCCAGUUUUUAAAUCAGAUAACGUUGGAAGUCACGCACUACAGAUCUGAACGAGGCUAAGCAUUUUACCAGUGUACUUGGCUCCCCCGGUGGACUCGAGGAUCAGCGCACCGACAAAUUCCAGGCUCGAUUCAUCUUUGGGAAUACGGAAUAAUUCUUUCAUCCUACGGCCCGCGGCCGAAGCAGCGAGAGACGGCUCAGGUGUCAGCAGGAAUGAGUCUGUGCUGAAGGCGUCUCAGAGCCUGCAGUGGCUUCUGUUAGCAGACAGACGGGCACCGGUCCUGUUCUGACACCAUGCAGGGAUCUACUGUAGCAGCUGGCACACAACACUGUGCACCGAAUUAGGAGCUAAAAGGUUUGUUUUGUUACAGCCACUAUGUUUCAUCAUCACCUGCCAAAGAAGAUGGAGUUGUCCCAUCUGCACCAACGCUGCAGCUUUUAUCUCCGUCAGAGCUUCACUGGGCUGAGCUACAGUCUCACAUCAAACUGCCAGAUCUAUUUGAGCACAAUACUUAACUUUCUGGGUUUGUCAAGGUCCACUCUUUUAUUUUUCACACCCUGGAGGUGAGGAAGAGGUGCAGGAGUAAAAUCUUAAAGGUCUGCAUCAUGCAUGAGCACAGAAACUGAGCUGAGGCACAAGGUUAGUCUUGAUUCAACUUGUCUCAUUUAUCAUUUAAAUAAAAAGUAAUACUUCUGUAACAUUAGGGAAUUUUUUCCUGUUCACCAAAAACACCACACAGGCCUGCUGUUCAAAUGGACUUCUUAAAUGUAAUAUCAAUAACCUUGGACUAAUGCUGUGUAUAUCACA